AUGCCGCGGAGAAAUGAUCCUCCACCGACAAAAACAAUAAUUGUCUACAGGAAUGGAGAUGCUUUCUUUCCGGGAAGAAAAGUGGUUUUGAAUCCGAGGCAGGUGUCAACCUUUGACAGUGUUUUGACCUCUUUGACCAGGACGAUAGAGGCUCCGUUUGGGGCUGUGAGGAGGCUGUACACCCCCAGACAAGGCCGCAAAGUUCAGCACUUGGACGGCUUGAAGCACGGCAGUAUAUACGUAGCGGCCGGAAAUGAGCCCUUUAAAAACCUGGAUUACUGUGAAAUUACAACCAAGAAACCACAGAGUAAGAAAAAAGAACAGAUCCGACCUGUCGUCCACAGCAGAAUAGUGGUUUCUGCCAGAUGGAGUCGAACUAAUGAUGAGUCCUGCACAAUAAAUGUCUUUACCAAUGGGGAGAUCUUGGUUCCUCCAGCUCGUGUACGAAUCCCAAAGUAUACUCUCAGAAGUUGGGAAAAUGUUCUGGCGAUGGUGACAGAGAAAGUCCACCUUCGUACUGGUGCUGUGCACAGACUCUUCACAAUAGAUGGGGGUCCAGUAUACAGCUCUGCCGGGCUCAAGAACAAUCAACACUAUGUGGCAGUUGGUGCAGAAAAGUUUAAAGCCCUGCCGUACGACCAAUGCAUCCCCAGCAGGGAUUUAAUGAGGAGGAACGACAUAAGUGAAUGCCAAAACAUCCUGCCCACUGUUACAAAGACAAGAAAUGCAAAAGAUGUGUUUGCUCACGCAGGCUUCAGAGAGGAGGACCUUGAACACACAGCCAGGGGCCAGAUUAAGAAACACACAGUCAAACCGGAGAGAACCAAACAACUGAGGCAGGUGUCCAGAAACCCAGUUCUCUUCUCGACAGGGGAGGGCAGCGUGUUCAAUGCACAAAACAGGAGAAGUGAGAUGGCAGGAGCAGCAGAGGUGCAGGAAGACUGCCAGUUGAAGGUGGACCUGCCAAUUGAUCAGGUUGAGGCCAAGAUAGUCGAUGAGGAGUAUGUGAAUGGGAGUUGUUUUGCAAGUCCCUACAAGACCUCCCUCCAUGAUUUAGAUGGUCCAGGUCCGCAGGGGUCCAGGACAGAUGAGGCUAAGGAGAGGGAGGUGUCUUCCAGGCUCGACGGAAUACGGUCACGGAUGUCCCGCUUUUUCAAGGAAAAAUGAAACAUUAAUGAUCCCUGCUUUGAUCUGCAUUACAUUCAUUUAUAAGCUAAUAAGUCCCGAAGAGUGUGUGUUGAAAAUCAGCCAUUGUGAUGUGAGAGAGGCGUCUGCGUGUGAUCUCCACCGCACUCAAGACGACAGGCGCUGUGAAGUGCACCACUGCCCAGUUACACAUUAGCUUUGAUUGCCAGUUUGUUCUAUGCGUAGCCCGUAGCUUUGAACUGUGUCUCAAGAUGAAAGCCAGCCUUGUCCACAGUGUGUCCACUGUAGACCGCUGCUUAUUUUCUUCUGGCACCAUCAAGGGCUUCGGGACCAAUUUUUUUUCUAUAGUUCUUUACCAUGCUGAGAUGAACAUUAUGUAUAAUUUAUCACAGAAUACAUCCUGAGAAAGCAGCCCAUCUCGACUCCAUUGUAAUUUAAUGCCUUUUCUUUCUUUCUGCAUCUUCUGUUGACUGAAUCCACGGUCAAUAUAUAUGAUGACAUCUAAGGUAUAUCUUUGUUGUGUCCAGUAGAUAGACUUUGAUAUUCAUG